AUGAGGAGCCUGUAUGUAUCUGUAAUUUUGCUGCUGCUCACUGGGACUUGCUUAUGUCAAUUCCCUCGCCCAUGUGCCAACUCAGAAGGACUACGGACCAAAGAGUGUUGCCCGGUGUGGGAUGGUGACGGCUCAGCCUGCGGUGCGCUGUCAGGCCGUGGUUUUUGCACUGAGGUGGAGGUCUCAGAUGAGCCCCAUGGGCCCCAGUACCCACACAGUGGGAUUGAUGACAGAGAGCGUUGGCCCUUGGCUUUCUUCAACCGGACAUGUCAUUGUGCUGGAAACUACGGAGGUUUUAACUGUGGUGAAUGCAGGUUUGGUUACUGGGGUUCAAACUGUGCCGAGUACAGGGAAUCAGUGCGGAGGAACAUCCUGACCAUGUCGGCUGCUGAACAACAGAAGUUUAUCUCUUAUCUGAACCUGGCCAAGAACACUGUCAGCCGUGACUAUGUCAUCUCCACAGCAACAAGAGCAGAGAUGGGUGAAAAUGGUGAGAAUCCCAUGUUCUCUGAUAUCAACACCUACGACCUGUUUGUCUGGAUGCACUACUAUGUGUCCCGGGACACCUUCUUGGGAGGACCGGGGAAUGUAUGGAGAGACAUCGACUUUGCCCAUGAAUCUGCAGCAUUUCUGCCAUGGCAUCGGGUCUACCUGCUUCACUGGGAGAACGAGAUAAGGAAGCUGACGGGAGAUUUCAACUUCACCAUCCCAUACUGGGACUGGAGGAAUGCCCAGUCCUGUGAUGUGUGCACCGAUGCUCUAAUGGGAGGACGCAGCCCCUUCAAUCCUAACCUCAUCAGCCCUGCUUCAGUCUUCGCCUCAUGGAAGGUGAUCUGCACCCAGCCAGAGGAGUACAACAAUCGAGAGGCAUUGUGUAACGCUACCGCGGAGGGUCCACUGUUGCGUAACCCUGGCAACCAUGAUCCAAACCGGGUGACGCGACUCCCUACAACAGGUGAUGUGGAUUUCGUUGUGGGCCUCCCAGAGUACGAGACGCAACCCAUGGACCGAUUCUCCAACUUGAGCUUUAGAAACGCCAUAGAGGGUUUUGCCAGUCCAGAGACAGGUAUGGCAAUGGCAGGCCAGAGCACCAUGCACAACGCCUUGCACCUCUUUAUGAACGGCUCCAUGUCCUCAGUGCAGGGUUCAGCCAACGACCCCAUAUUCCUGCUGCACCAUGCUUUCAUUGACAGUAUCUUUGAGCGCUGGCUCAGGACCCACCAGCCUCUCCGGACCAGCUACCCACGUGCCAAUGCCCCCAUUGGCCACAAUGAUGGGUACUACAUGGUGCCCUUCCUGCCUCUCUAUAGAAAUGGAGACUACUUCCUAUCCAACAAGGCUCUAGGAUUUGAGUAUGCCUACCUGUUGGACCCUGGCCAGAGGUUCGUUCAGGAGUUCCUGACACCCUACCUCCAGCAGGCCCAGCAGAUCUGGCAGUGGCUCCUGGGAGCCGGGAUCCUCGGGGCGUUGAUCGCCACAAUCAUUGCUGCACUGUUAGUUGUUGCAAGAAGGAAGUGGAAGCGCAACCAGAGGAGGAAGAGGGCAUCGAGCUACGGAGAGAGGCAGCCUCUAUUGCACAGCAGCUCAGAGGAAGGCUCAUCUUCAUAUCAGACUACUCUGUAACACACACUGACCCUGUACAUACAGCUGAAUGUACAAACUACUACUAGGACGUUUUCAUGAAGCGAAGGAAUGCGAUGGAUCCUGGUCCAAAACUUGUUACUGAUGCCCCGUAAUAAAUCUAUUUAAAAUUUAAAAUAAUAUAUGAAGGUAUACAAGUUAGUGAAGCAUCUUUCAGUUCACCCAAACCACAA